AUGGCGCUUUGCAUUCUGGAGUCGCCACAGGGGAAACAGAGCCUCGUCGCCCUCGCCAAUCAACUAGUCGCAUUGCGCAACGCCAAGAAAAAGCCUCAGAAACAUCUCUACACAGGCUCUCCCGAGGACAUGCACAUGGCUAUCAAUCUGUUCUUGCAGAAGAUCAGAUCAAGCUUUCCAUUUGUGUUCUUGACUCUUUUUGACGGCGAGGGCGUAACGACUAAGGAGGAGGGAGAAUGGGGAGAUAACCUUCAGAACUACGAGCCUCAAAGGGCAGUCUGGUUGGCAUUGCACAGCCACAUAAUCGACAACAUGCUGUUCGCCCGCCAGCAAUCGAAAGAGGUUGCGGGGCACAGCUAUGCGUUGUUCAAGUUUCAGAUGGUGAUCACCGUCGCUCACGAAAUAUGUCACAUGUUGACCAAUUUCUUGACCGAUGCAGAUCGGCCCCAUACCCCACCUGGCCUGAAGGUGGCAGGUUACGGGAAUAGGAUGACUGGUGAAUCUGGCCGGUGGUGGGAAGUACAGAUGUUUGGGGGUCUCGUCGAAUUUUAUGAAAAUCAGAGAGACCCUUUGGGGGCUCGGCAAGCUGGAGUACCCUACUUGAUGACGAACGGCAACCCCAAGUCCCCAGCAAGGCAGCUAUCCACCAACUAUGUCCUCGACUUUGUGAACGGCAGUACGUUAUUUAUUCCACCAACUUAG